UUGCACACAUACCCAAUUUUUCUGUGUUUUUUUAAUUGGGUGAAAGAAAAGUACUGAUCUAAUAUGGAACAUGAUGGUAUUGUGACUCCACCUACAAGUUAAAGUUUCUCUGUGUGCCUGAUUUUUGCAUUUUGCUUUCAGCCUCUCUUCUGUCAGCAGAAGUGGCUCCUUCCUCAGUUUUCAAAUACAGUUGAAACGUAAUCGCUUUGCUAACUUAAAUGGAAGUUGCACAAUGGACUGGAUAAUUUUUGUAACAGUGUACUGCUCAGCAGUAAAAGUCAGUCUUAGUUCCUCUGUGGAUCCUGGGGCUUGGAAGUCUCUUAAUAAUACGGCUAAAGGUUUUGGCUACCAGGUGUCUCAAAGAAAAUCAGGCUUGCUUGUUAGCGCUCCCUUUGAACAGGUUUCAUCAACUGAAAGGGGUCAAUUAUUUAGCUGUUCGCCUGACGGUUGCGAACCUACGUCAGUUUUGGUGCCAGCAAAUGCUGUAAACCUGUCCCUUGGUUUAAAUAUGAUAAGCAAUCCUGAAGACCAGAGUACCAUGAUUUGUGGUCCUAGUGUUGCCACGGAAUGCAAACUCGUUACCUUGUACGGUGGUCUUUGCAUUGGAGUAGAUAAAAACAACAAAUUCCAACAAAAUAUUCCAGAUAAAAUGGAAGAUUGUGGUGAAAGCGACAUUGCAUUUCUACUGGAUGGCUCAGGCAGUGUACUUCCAGAAGAUUUUGUUACAGUGAAGACGUUUGUGAAAAACUUGAUGGAUUCUCUCAACCAAAAAGGCACAAAGUUUGCAAUUGCUCAGUUUGCUAAAAAAGAGCAGUUUACCAUCCAUUAUAACUUCAAUACCUUUCCCACUCAUAACUGGAAUGAGACGAUACAUGGAAUACAGCAUUUGAGAGGACACACAUAUACAGCUGCAGCCAUCAAGUCUCUUGUGGAAGAUUUGUUCACUCCUUCAGGGGGUUCCAGGCCAGAUGCAAAAAAGAUUUUGAUAGUCAUCACAGAUGGAAAGUCUUCUGACCCUGAAGAUUUACCAGCAGCAUUAGCUGAGGCUGAAAAAAAGAACAUUACUAGAUUUGCCAUUGGGGUGGGUUCAGACUUUGAGAAGACAGAAGCAAAAGAAGAACUUAAUAACAUUGCAUCUCCCCCUCCAGAAAAUCACGUGUUUCAGGUGGAAGGUUUUAAUGCUCUUGAGGAGAUGCGAAAUAACUUGGAGAUCAAAAUAUUCUCUAUUGAAGGAUCUAAAAAUGGAACAAGACUAACAACAGAAUUAUCUCAGGAGGGGUUCAGUAUGGCUUUUGUCCCCGGGGGAGUUCUGAUGGGUACUGUUGGUGCCAACGAGUGGAGGGGGGGCUACAGAGAAUACAAAUACGAUGGUAUGAUGUUAGGGUCCUAUGAGCCUAUGGAUCUGGACCAGGACAGUUACCUUGGCUACUCCAUGGUCAUUGCUAAAAACCAAAUGGAUAUACUGACCAUUUUGGGAGCGCCAAGAUAUCAACACAUAGGAGCUGUUGAUGUGGUUUUAAAAAGAAAAUUGCAAAAAAGGAUCCACCCCAAAGAGUCGCAGGUUGGACAAUACUUUGGAGCGGUGACCUGUGCCAUGGAUGUGAAUGGAGAUGAUGUCACUGAUCUGAUUCUUAUAUCUGCACCAAUGUACAAAGAAGCCGACAGAGAAGGACGAGUUUACGUUUGCACAUUGGUGGACAAGGAUGUUGACUGCCACUUUAAUACUGCGUCCUCACCAAUCGUAUUAAAAGGAGAUGUAUCUAAAGUAGCAAGGUUUGGAUCUUCUCUUGCUGUUCUGCCUGACCUCAACAUCGAUGGAUUUAAAGAUCUGGCCAUUGGAGCACCUUUGGAGGACAACGGUGAAGGCAGCGUCUACAUCUUUCUCAGCAAUUGGAGCAGAAGUAUCAAUCCAUCUUUUUCACAGAGAAUCGCUGCUUCUCAAGUGCAGUCUGGAUUGAAGUUCUUCGGCAUCUCUAUCAGUCAGCAGUCUUUCGAUCAGAAUGGGGAUGGAUUGCCUGAUUUAGCGGUGGGGUCAAAGGGCACAGUUGUUUUACUCAGAUCCAUGCCGGUUGUGAAUGUAAAGGCAGAGGUUUCUUUCAGCCCAAUCAAAAUCCCAGUUCUAUCUGAUGACUGCUCCACGCCACUAAAUAGCAUUUUCAAAGUCUGUUUUACCAUGACAAAUGUUUCUGCAGUUACCACAGCUAAGGCACUGAUUAAUUACAACUUAACAUUGGAUUCCAACCGGAAGGUUCCAAACAACCGCGCGUACGUUCAUGAGAAGGAACAACGAAACCAUUUAUCUGGAUCAGUGAAUUUAGACCUAUCAAAACCAGAAUGCACUGAUCUGCAUGUCUUUAUCAAGCCUUGUCCAGAAGAUGUUCUUAAUCCACUUUGGAAUGAGCUCCAAUUUACCUAUCAUGGUUUGGAGUCUGAAACAAAUCUUAAACCAACUCUGAACAAAAGUAUUCAAACUACUACACGUCACAAAUUGGAGUUUGAGCAAAACUGUGGGGAAGAUAAAGAAUGUGUGGACAACCUUAAAGUGGAUUUUGAUUUCAGCUCGUCGUUUGUAAAAGUGGGCAUUGAUGAACUUCUGAAUAUAACUGUAUCACUGGAGAACAGAGGGGAAAACUCGAACAACACCCAAGUUAUUCUCACUUAUCCAGCUAGAAUCUCCUACAGGAUGUCCACAGCCCUGAAGGGAAGAAUUGAGUGCAAAUCAUCAGACAGUGAGGGUGGUGUAACUCGGGGAAUCACCAUUUGCACUGUUAACAAACCUAUUUUCCAGGACAAGGCUGUAUUUAAUGUGUCCUAUGGGAUUGGAACCAACAGUCAACUUGGCAGAAGGAUCUUUGUCACAGCCAACGCCACCAGUGGGAAUCAAGAGCAUUCAAAUUCAAGUGAACUCUACAGGAAGAAAGAGAUUGGUGUGAAGUACAGCAUACUGGUUACAUUUGACAGCUCCUCUACCUACAGCAAUUUCACGUUUGGAAAAAAAAAUGAACCCAAACCAUUCAACCAGUCAAUAGUGGUCACAAACAAUUACAGAGACUUAAAUCUGACUGUUGUCCUCAAGAUUCCUGUAAAGGUUGGCGAACAAGACAUUUGGACUGACUCACAGAGUCUGCAGAUUCCACAUUGUGAAAAGGGAAAAGAAGAAGAGCCUGCUAUCAGUGAUUUUGUUGCGCAGAUAAAGAAACACAAGCGAGUGAACUGCUCUGUGGCCACAUGCUCGGUCUUCAAGUGCAAUGCAUUCAUGAAGAAAACUGAUAAAAGGAUGUUUACCAUCUCUGCCAGUCUCAGUUCAGGGUGGAUAGAUCAGAUUGGACUUCCAGAUGCCAAAUUCCUAUUGAACAGCGUGGCCAUUCUGGAAUACGACAAAGAUGCGUUUGUCUUAAGAACAAAGUCUUUUGCUCGCGAGAUUGAAGCAGAAGUAGAGGUUUAUUCUGAACCAAACUUCAUUAAGGAGAUUAUUGGAGGAUCUCUGGGAGGUUUCUUUUUUCUGAUUUUGGUCACAGUCGGCUUGUAUAAGGUGGGAUUUUUCAAGAGAAAAUACAAUGGAAUGACUGAGGAAUCAGCAGCGUUAAACGAAUAAGCUCCAGCAGAGGGGACAACUUUCAUAUCAUCAACGAUUUCUGUCACUUUAAGCUCUUAUUUUGAAAUCUGGCAAAGUAAGUUCUGUAAAUCAGUUAUUUUUAAAGUUUUGGUGAAUAUUACAUGUGGGUCCAGAAUAUAAAGAAAAAAAAGUUCACAUGUAAAUUUAAAAAAGUAUUCGAUUUAAAAAAAAACAACUCAUUUUAUGACAUCUUAAAGUGUAAAUAUUUUUUCAUCUAUAAUCAGCAAAAACAUUUCAUCUGUCCAGAGAAACAAAUAGGGCAUAAAUAUAGAGUUUUUAUAACUGCACGGUUGGUGAAAAGUUGGUGUAAAGUGUUGGUGUAAAGUGGUGUAAAGUUAUAAACCUAAGGUCAUUAUCACUUUGUAAAUAUCUGUACUACAAAACGUUUAUUUGUGUAUGACUGAAAUAAAACAUUGGAAUACUCAAGAAUAAUAGUGAUUUAUAUAUAUAUAUAUGUUGAUGUAAAGAGGCUAGAUUUUCUUUCUAUGAAUGUCAUAGGGACUAUGAGAUUGAUGUAUUUUCUGGUGUGGAGCAGGCGGUGUAAAGAAAGAGACAGAAGUGUGGUCUUCAUUGUUGCUUUUUAAAGAUGUUUUUGCAGCAGAGACUCAAGAUCUAUAUAAGUCUACAUCAACUUACGUUUGCAGUGAAACCUGAGACCAAGAUGAGCAUUUUUCAAUGAAAAGUAAAAUUUGCUAAUGUCAAAAAAAUGUAAACUGUUUUUUUUCCUUGUGUUCAUCUGUUAAUUUGUUAAGUGAUGUUAAUUCACACUAUUUAACUUGUUCAUAACAACGCCCAAUAAAAUAAGAGAAGUAA